CCCCCUGGGCCAACAUCAGGAUAGAGACAACUUGCAGCAACUGUUACGUCCAGACAACCUCUGUAAGAUGUUUAAUGAGGUCAGUCAUCUGCUAUCUCUGGCACUCUUGGAAGAUGUUGCAAGUAUUCAGACACCUUUGGAUUCCACAGGUUAUGUGAGAAAAUCAUCACCUUCCAAAUUCCCUGCUCUCUCCUCAGUCCCAGGAGGGGAACUAUUGCCAGCCUCUCUGUUGAAGCUUUCUCCACCUUCCUCAUUCUCUCUUCCCCCUAACAAGGUCAUGCCCUCAGCUGACCUUCUCUCACCUUCCCCGUUGAGUGACUCUCUGCCACCAGAGCCUCUUCCUGCCUUGGACUCCAAGGCCACAGAAGACCCUUUACCACCCCCAUCACUUUCCCUCCCCCCUCCCCCACCACAUCCCACUCAGGAAACAGACACUCUUCUACCACAAGAUGCCACUCUGCCUGUGGUGAGCAAUCCUGCUGGCUUGUCCACUUCUGUUCCAGUGGGAGGCAUGGACCAUUCCAGCACAGAGCCCCCUGCCAAGAAUAUGCUGUCUUCCAAUUUGGCACAAGAUGGUGUAAAACAGCAAUUUCUUGCCCUCCGUUCUGAGAACUUAUCUGGGGGAGACACUGUAGCCUACUGUGUGGAGACUCAUAAUAUCUGGUUUCUGCCCCCUGCUGUCCUGACAUGCCUGGAGAGACAAAUCAAAAAGAGGGGUGAUGUCUUCAAGUGGAAAGAAAAGGAAAAGAAAGCAGAAUUUCCAAAACAACAUCAGCCAAAUUACCAAGGAUUUUCUUCAGAGAAAAGGUCAGAGUCAGCUGCUGAUCAGCAGGACUCGGCCAUCUCUCUUCUUUCAUGGAACGAAAAAGGCAAAUCAGAGGAACCACAGGUGGAUCACCAGUCCCCUUAUCCUAAGAGCUUUGAGGACCAUUUACAGAAAAACUACACCCAGCUUUUCUAUGGUGUCCCAUCUCUACACCCCAAGUCCCUGAGCCCUAGUGUACCAGCUUCAGGUGAUUAUUCCUCAGCCUUUGUCUGCUUCAAUACAGCAUCCAAUGACUCCACAGCCCACAAAUCCCCAGUCCUUCUCUAUACCCCACAUGUGUUCCUGCCUGCGAGCCAACCUCAACCCUUGCCCAAGACCUCUUCCCAACCUCAGCCCCAAUAUCUCACUCCUGAACAUGCCCAGACCCAGCUUCAGCCUCAAUCCCCACUCCCAAUUCUGUCACCUCCUGAAAACCAGUUUAGGAUCUGUGGAGUGCGUGAUCUUGGACACAAGAACGAGGCACUAUCUCUGGUGCCAUCUGAAAUUCAUGACCUAGAAUACAAUGUGACACAAAAAUCACAGGAAAGUCUGUGGGGUUUACCCUCUGUGGUCCACAAAUCCCAGGAGGACUUUUGUCCUCCAGCUCCCAACAUUGUGUUGGUUAACCCAUCCUCCAAAGCUCAUGUUGCAAUCUCCAUCCUUCCUGGAAAUUAUCCCCUCUCAGAUGAUCUUCAGAAGAAACUAGACCACCACCUUCGAAAGAGGCGUAUCCAACACUUGUGGGGCCUGCCCCGCAGAGUCUAUGCAUCCCUGUCACUGAUGCGUCCUCUGGAAAAAAUUCCUGAGACCUCUGAGUCAAAGAGCAGUCAUGGGCUCUCAAGAAAGUCUUUGGAUAAGAGUCAGAGCACCAAAGAUAUAAAUAAGGGGGGCUCAAGCCAACCCAGAAACCUCCAUGAACUGAGCUCAGGAAUGCUUCCUCUAAAGAUGGGAGUGAGGAAGGCACAGAGAGAUGGUACCAAGAUUGAGCAAAAUCGUCAUGUGCUGAGUGACCGAGAUAAUGUUCUGGGGUCUUCCUCAAGGAAGGACCUAGAACGUCACUUGCAGAGUCCAUCAGGUGGAACUCCAAGUACCUCAAUGGUGAAUUCACUACAGAAACAACUUGAAAAUGCCUUGAACUCCCACCUGAGCAAGAAGUUUCAGGAAAUCAGUGAGGGUCAGAUUCCUCGCACUGUGCAUAGAUCAUGGCAUUCUAUCAAGUUGGCAUUGCCUGUAACUGAGAAAUCCACCAGACAAACGAGUCACAAACCUUUAGCACCAACCAGGACGGACAGCUCUGUCAAUACUACCCAGGCUAUUUCCUUCCUCGAUGCUGGCAAGAAGAGGAUGAUGGAAGACCACAUUACACUGUUUCAUAAGAGGUUUAUAUAUGGCCUUCCCAACAGCGUUCAGGAAUCCCUAGAGAUCUUUAAUGAAAAAGAUUCAUAUCACUCCUUUUCUCACUCCAAGUUUCCUUUUUCUGCCACCCGUAUUUCUGGGGUGGAUUCUAAACAGAGCAUGUCCAAGACCCAUGGAGGAAGAUCUAAUGCUUUUCAUGGAGACAAAGAGAAAACAAAAAAUGCAAUUCAAAGUCUAGAUCGUCCUCUCCUUGCCACCUCAAUCGUGGUCAAGAAAGAACAGGCGAUCCUGACACAAACAGUCUUUGAGAUCAAGCAUGAGCAUGUAGAGGACCUUCGCAGAAUAAAGGAUGGCAAACCAUCUGUUCUGCCCCAGACACAGAGCAUCAUAGGCAAAGCUUAUCAGAAACCACCUGUAGCAGCCAAUAAAUGCAGCCCAAAGAUGCUCAUGAGGCAAGCUGGGGUUGGACCUCAGGAAACAGGACCUAAGAGACUGAGUUCCAGCUACAGUGUAGCACGGCCUCAGGGCAAUAGGAUGCCCUGGGGAAGUUCUUCCAUGUCCAAGAUAUCUGAGAAAUCCAGGGAGACAUUGAAGGCACAGGAGCUCUAUGCUUGUCAGUCACAACCUCCCAGUGUCUUGACAACCAGAAAGCCAGAAAGCUCCCCAGUGUCAGAUGUCUAUACUCCUGAAAAUUCCCCCAAACUACCAGUUGUUAGAGACCCUGGAUUGUCACACCUUAACAAUCCAUUGCUUG